GCGUGCGUGAGUCAAAAAUAAAAAAAAGAAAUAUAUACUAUAUUGAAAAUGAAAGCGUUCAUUGUCGCCGGUGUGUGUUUGUUCAGUGUGCUGAGCAUCGGUGCGGCUCAGUUCCAGAACGGACGUCUGGAACCACCAAAUCCUCAACUAUGCGCCCAGCGCAUCAUACACGAGAAGACACCCGAUGGCAAAGGUUACUUCUUCUCCUGGCGUGACCCGCAACUGAAGGGUGUUGAGGAGGAUUGGCUGACGGCCAGAAAUUUCUGUCGUCGUCGUUGCAUGGACUCCGUUUCGCUCGAGACUAGUUUAGAGAAUGAAUGGAUCAAGCAACGCGUUGUGGGUGAAAAUGUGAAAUACAUUUGGACCAGCGGUCGUUUGUGCGAUUUCAAGGGCUGUGAGCGUCCCGAUCUGCAACCCACGAACAUCAACGGCUGGUUCUGGACGGCUACACUGCAAAAACUGGCACCCACCACGGAGCGUUCCCAGGGCGAUUGGUCGCCCGCCGGCGGCAUCGGUCUGCCUCAGCCCGAUAAUCGCGAAUUCAAACAGAAUGGUGCCCCCGAGAACUGUCUGGCUCUGUUGAAUCAGUUCUAUAACGAUGGCGUCAACUGGCACGAUGUCGCCUGCCACCACAAGAAGCCGUUUGUCUGCGAAGAAAACGAUGCUCUGCUCAAGUAUGUCCGCUAUACGAACCCAAAUUUGCGUAUCUAAGCGAUAUCACAGCGGAGCUGGAGCGUUGAGCAGCGACUCCAAAUAAACCAAAAAUGAUAUUUUACAAGUGAGAAACCACAACAUUGUGCGGAUGAUGCAGCCAUCGUCCAGGCCUUGCUACUCCUCGGGGGAAUGACAAUGUCUCUUCCAUUUAUUGACUUUUUGCAUGCAUUUUUCAUCCAAGUACUCCUGUAUCGUAUUAUUGUACCGAUUUUUCAAGUCCCUUCGCUCUUCCUCAUUAAUUAGUGUAAUUAUUAAUUUUGUAUUAAUUUAUGAUUUUUUAAAUUAUAAUAAAACAUUUAAAAUGACGAAUAAUAAAUUCUAUAAAUACAAA